GAAACAGGAGGAAGAGAGUAAUUUAGUCUUCAAGCCAAACUAAUUUUUUCCUGUUUGUAAAAAAAGCUUAAUUUCAGUUUAUGUUCUUUUAAAAUAUUUUUCUACUGGAAUGGAACUUCUCUCUGUAAAAGUGAAAAAAGGAAGGUUGGAUAAAGCAGCUGACGCAUUCAAAACCUAUGUUGUUUUAAAAGUCCAAAAUUUAAAAAGCACUACAAUAGCCAGAAAAGGAAGUGAACCUUGCUGGGAACAGGACUUCAUGUUUGAAAUCUGUGCUGAUGGAAGGGGCUUCAUUAUAGAGCUGUGGAAGAAAGGCUUGCUCUGGGAUAGCAUUUUAGGAGUUUUAUGGAUUCCCCUUGCAACUGUGGAACAUGCAACAGAUGAAGGUCCAGGUUCCUGGUGGACAUUGCAUUCUGAAGUAAUAAAAAACGGGAGUGAGAUUCAAGGCACAAAAACACCAACUUCACAUGAGAUCUUACUGGAUGUCUACUUUGCAUUACCGUUUGAUGCCCACAAAGAUUUAGAUUGCAGAGGCUGGCACAGAGAGACACCUCUCCAAGGUGUAAGACAUUCACAUGAUAGUCUGUUAUCCAUGGAAAGUGGUCUCAGCAUACAAGAAAGCAAACUAAGUCGAUUCACCGUCAGGCCUGGGGACUCUUCACUGAGAAAUGAAGAUCAAGCUGAUGGAAGAAAUUUUGCAAAAGCAAGAUGGGCCAGGGCUAUUCAGGAGACACUUCAAGAAGCCAUGCGCAACAGACUGAGAUUUUGCAAGACAUACAAAACCCCCUUCAGGAUUUGGUUUUGAACAAGCAGA